AUGAAGCACUAUUUCCUCGUACUUACAAUAACUUAUGUGAAUACUGAAGACUGGGAGAAAAUGCAAUUUUGUGCCAAUAUAAAGUGCGAUGAUGUAAAGGAUGAAGUCUGCGGCAUUCGCGAGGAAGGUGAUGGGUUCCGAUUGAAAUUAUUUGAGAACGAGUGUCAGUUGUUGCGUUAUGGUUGUAAUGUUGACGAAAAAUUAGAGGACUAUAGUAAAGAAGUUCUAGAAAAGAGGAGACAGCUUUUGCCUCAACUAAAAGAGGAACGAGCCAAAGGUAAAAUCUGCUACCUCGUUAAAGAUAAACUGAUUACUAAGGAAAACAAAGAAGAUCAGAAGGACAAAAGAAAACGAUAUCGCAACGAAUCUCCAAAUAAAUCACCAAAUCACGCAACCAUGCCUGCUUCAAAGAAGUGUCCUAAACAAAGACUAUCCAAAGGAUAUUUACAAUCGCGAAUUAAACAUUUGGAGGACUAUUGGAAAACAUUUCAAAGUGCACACUUAGAUUUAGUAAAAAUAACACCAAGGGAACAAAAGGCGCUUUUACCAUACUUCGUCAACGAAGAAUUUUACAUUCACGAGGACCUUUAUUUAUGCAUACUCGCUGAUUUGAAGGAUAAAUUAUUGAACAUGGAAUCCACUGCAUCAGCCCUGGAGUCCAGCCAUGACAGCACCGUGGUACACAUCAACGAACGAAAAAAAUGUAUUUCGCAAACUGCUUCUCAGUUAAAAUCAUUAUUAGAUACCACUAAUGAAGUUUUAAAUAGUCUUGAAAAUUUAAAUGUAUCCAUCGACUCUUGGGAUCCGAUUAUAAUAUUUCUCGUAGUGCAGAAGUUAGACCCAGAGUCUCAUAAAGCGUGGGAGGAAUUUGCGUACACAAAAAGUGAAGAGUUACCGAAGUGUGAUUCAAAUAUUAAUGACUUACUUAAAACUAUAUGGGAGAUAGAUAUUGAUACAAAUAGAAAGUUAACUAAAGAAGAGCAACUAUGUGAAGAUAUAUAUGAAAGAACACAUGAGAGAGAUAGUAAUGGAAAAUAUAUAGUUACAUUACCUUUUAAAACUGGAAAGCUGCUUUCACCUGAAGGAAACACGAGAGAAGUAGCUGUAAGAAGAUUGUUGCAAUUAGAGAGAAGAUUUAAAAGAGAUCCAGAUCUGAAAAAAGAAUACCUGAAAGUUAUAGAAGAAUACAAAGAAUUAAAACACAUUGAAGAAGUACCUGAAAAAGAAAUAAAUAAAAAAGCAGUUUACUUACCCCACCACGCCGUUGUACGCCAAGAUAAGGAGACCACGAAGACUCGAGUUGUGUUCGACGCUUCCUGUAAAGGUUCUAACAACGUAUCAUUAAAUGAUGAACUCUUACCUGGUCCAGUAUUGCAAGAAGAUCUCAGAAACAUUAUUAUGAGGUGGAGAACUCAUAAAAUCUGUUUCGUAUCAGACAUUCAGAAAAUGUACAGAAUGAUAUGGAUGAAUAGGAAUGAUGUCGACUACCAAAGAAUAGUCUGGCGAAAUGAUCCAACUGAAAAUAUACAAGAUAUGAGAUUACUUACCGUCACUUUUGGCACAGCAUCCGCUCCAUACCUAGCUGUAAGAACACUUAAACAACUUGCUGCUGAUGAAGGUCAUCAUUUUCCUGAGGCUGCUAGAAUAUUAAACGAAGAUUUUUACGUAGACGAUUGCAUGUCUGGUGGUGAUGAUUUAGAACAAUGUAUUCAGCUAAGAAAAGAUUUGACGGAACUAUUGCGAAGAGGAGGUUUUGAUCUUAAAAAGUGGUCGUCUAAUAGUGCAGAAUUUUUACAAUCUUUAGAACCAAAUGAUAGAUCUACAAAGGCGCAUUUAGAUAUUAAAUUAGAUGGUAUUGUCAAGGCAUUAGGUGUUCAAUGGAAUUUGGGAACGGAUCGAUUCGAAUAUAAUUUUAGUUUAGAAUCAAUAGAUGAUGAUAAUGUUAUAAUAACUAAACGCAAUAUUCUUUCUGAUAUACAAAAAUUAUUUGAUCCAUUAGGAUGGAUUGCACCUUGCAUUGUUUUAGCAAAAAUUUUAAUGCAGAAGUUAUGGCUUGAAAAAGCAAACUGGGAUGAGGAUCUUAAUAUUUUUAUAAAAGAAGAGUGGAAGAAUAUUCGCAAUGAUCUCCAGAAUAUAAAGGAUAUUACUAUAGAUAGAUGGCUUGGAACAGUAAAUACAAAUUUUGAUACAAUUGAAAUUCAUGGGUUUUCAGACGCUUCGACAUUAGCUUAUGCUGCAGUUGUUUACUGUCGUGUUAGAAAUGAUGAUGGAACUUAUAGUACAAGUCUAAUUGCUGCAAGAACAAGGGUUGCACCACUUAAGACGAUAUCGUGGUUAAGAAACAAUGAACUACAAUUAGAAAGACCAGAAUAUAUACAAACUGAUUUAGAAGAAAAGAAGAUACCUAUUAAUACAGUCACACUAACAAACACUAUACAAGAUAAAAUUUCAUUAAAGUUUGAAGAAUUUGACACAUUAAAAGAAUUAUUGAAAACAAUAGCUUAUUGUAAGAAAUUUUUGAGAUUUAAAAAGAAUAAAGAAGACAUGAAAAUAACAAUUGAAUAUUUGACUAGUUUACAACAGCGAACUAGAUGGUUGAAGAAGAAUGAUGAAUUUAAAGUAGGUGAUGUUAUUUUGAUUAAACAACCUAAUUUGCCACCUGGCAAAUGGGCAUUAGGGCGUAUCACUGCCAAACACCCGGGGCCAGACGGUUUCACUAGGGUUUAUAGUGUUAAGAGCGGUGAUAGUGUAAUAAAAAGAAGUGUAUCUAAAUUGUGUUAUCUUCCUAUCAAUACAGAUAUCAAUUAAUCAUUUAAAACAAGCGAGUCAAUUCAUUUCGCAUGUAAUUGUUCUUUUGCUAUGGUAUAUGUAUGUGUAUUUGAUUAAUUGUAUAAGUGUAAAAUGUAAACCUAUCUGUAUUGUUGUUAUGUGUAUAGGUACAUAAAUAUUUAAUAUAAAACUGUCAUAAAAAUGUAUAAAGUUGUGUGUAAACUAAAAUAUAACAAAUAACAAAGCUUGCAAAGAUGUAUUAUGAUGUGUAUUUGAUAAAUUUAUUAAAAAUUAAAGUCAAAAUUAUAGUGUCGUAAACAAAUGUUCUAUGUAAUAUGUAUGUAAUGUAUGUAACAUUCAAAUUUAAGGUAUAUAUUGACUUUUUACGGUGUUAUUUGUUAAUUCAUACAGCAUGCCGCAUGUUUGUAAGUAAAGGAGGCUAAUUUCAUUGUUAUUUGAAAGGACUAGUGUAGUCCUUUGGUGGGCGGUAUGUUCGGUUUUUUCAUUAACUACGUUGACGUCUAAGUCACUAGUGUAUCAGUCAGUAAUAAAACAGAUUCAAUAGA